AUGUGUCCCGAGGGAGACGAGGACCAGACGGCCGCCGCGGCCGCCGCGCAGCAGGAGACGGCGGCGAACGCAGCGGCUGGAAUCUUACCGGCUGAGCACUGGGUGCAAGCGGCACGAUACCGAAAGAUUCAUGGGAGGACGUUCCACGGCGAGGUUGGCGACGCACAGUAUUGGGGGAGCAACGAUGAACAGCAGAAUGAGGUUUGGGACAUCAACCAUCACUUACUCACCUUGUCCAUGGGUGACAAGCUUCACUUGGCACCGCUAGACAAAAGCAAGCUAAACAAAGCGCUGGAUAUUGGAACAGAAACAGGUAUCUGGGCCAUUGACUUUGCCGAUGAGAAUCCCGAAUGUGAAGUCAUCGGGACGGACAUCUCCCCCAUCCAACCUAGCUGGGUUCCUCCUAACUUGAAAUUCGAGAUCGAUGACUGUAGACGCGAAUGGACAUUCGAACCCGAGUCCUUUGACUACGUUCACAUCCGCUUCCUAGUCGGCAGCAUCGCGGACUGGCCCGCGCUAUUCAAGCAGGCCUACAGGGCCCUGAAGCCGGGCGGUUACUUCGAGAGUUUCGAAGUCUCGCCGGCCAUCAUGAGCGACGACGGGACCGUCCCGGAGACUAGCGCAUUGGGUCAGUGGGGCAAGUUCUUCGAGGAGGGCGGCCGGAAGAUGGGCCGGACGUUCCGGGUCCUCGACGAGAACUUGCAAAGGACGUCGAUGGAGGACGCCGGCUUUGAGAGCAUCACAGAGUGGAACAACAAGGUAUAUCAGAGCCCCAUCGGUAACUGGCCAAAGGAUGAGGUGAAGAAGGAAGUCGGCGAGUGGGCUGAGCUGACGCUCCUCUCGGACAUUGAGGGCUACGUCCUUUUCAUGGCCAACGUCAUGUCGACUUGGUCUCGUGAGGAAAUCCACAUCUAUGCGGCGCAGCUGCGUCGCGAGAUUCGGUUAGGCAAGCUUCAUGGGUACUACCGCCAAAGAGCAGUUUGGGGACAGAAGCUCCUGAAGACGGAGGCAUAG